AUGGAUAGAGCUCACUGGGCCAUAAGAGAUAUUCAGAUCGAUGCUAUACUAAGGAAACCUAAAUUGCCUGAUAGAUGUGAAUUUGGUGAGCUGAAAUUCUUGCGGCUUGAUUUGACAUCACUUCAGAUGGUGAUGCAAUCUGUGCAAAAUUUCAAGAAACAGGAAUCAUCUUUGGAUUUAUUAAUAAACAAUGCAGGGGUAAUGGGACUACCCUAUGCUGAAACUGAAGACGGCUUUGAAAUCCAAACUCAAACUGAUCAUAUAGGACCAUUUUUGUUUACCAUCAAGUUAAUAUCUACUCUUCGUAAGUCAAAGUAUGAGCCACGGAUCGUCUUUGUGUCUUCUAUAGGACAUUAUAUGGCGACAAGAAAGGUUGAUUUAUCAAGAAGCCAUAAUCACAGGCCAAAUAUACUAUGGACGUGGCCCCGCUAUGGCAAUGCAAAGACAGCCAAUAUACAUACCACAAUCAUUCUUAGCGAGCUGUAUCCAGACAUUCUUUCUUUGGUUGUUCAUCCAGGAUUUUCGUUACAGACUGGAAUUCUAAGUUACUGGAAAGAUCUCCCCUAUGUUGGAGCUGCUUUUAGUCAAGGGUUCACACUAUUUAACAAGGUAUUUGGAGUAACUCCAGAGCAAGCCUCUUAUUCGGCUCUGCAAGCGGCAAUAUCUGAUCGAUUCAGUCUCCAAAAGGGUGACAGUGGGAAAUAUCUAGUGACAUAUGGGGCGGAGGGUGUAGCAAGUAGAAGAGCCUGUAGUUAUACUAUGGCAAGACAGACUUGGCAAUGGACAGCAAACGAACUCAAGUCGCGAAACUUUUUAUAA